AUGUCCGAUAUGAGUUCUGAUGAUUUCGAAAUGGUUGAAUCCGAAGACGUUAUCAAACAAAUGCUUGUGGAUGAAAAACCAGAUCUCGAGAAGAUCAGGGAAUGGCUGAACCCCACAGAUUACCUAGCAUCAUCCAGCGAAUUCAAUCGCCAUGCUUCAUCUAAAGCUCGCAAUACAGGGGAAUGGAUUCAAGAGACUUCACAAUUUGAGCAAUGGCAUUCAUCUGCUGACCAUGGGUCUAUUUGGAUCAAGGCAGUUCCGGGUGCGGGCAAGAGUGUCCUUGCAGCCUCCAUGGUUCAAUCGCUUUCGGCCAACGAAUCCGUUCCUGUUCUCUUCUUUUUCUUCAGGCAAAUUAUUGAAACAAAUCGCACUUCUCGUGGUCUUUUGCGAGAUUGGAUGUGCCAGCUUUUGCCCUUCAGCGAAGCCUUGCAAUUGAACCUGUUUGAGCAUGUGACAAAUGGACAGAGCCUAGAAAGUAUUACUACAGCACAUUUGUGGAAACAUCUUUUGACUGGUCUGAGAAUGCUCAAACGAGUGUAUUGUAUCGCUGAUGCAUUAGAUGAGAUGAAUAUGGACGAGAAAUUCCUCUCUCAGCUUAACGCAUUGGGAUCAUUUAGGCCCGCUCAAGUCAAAGUUCUAUUGACCAGUCGACCAAAACAAUAUCUCCAGCGGGCAUUUAAAGAUCCCCAAGUUAUUCACGUCAGUCUCAAGGAGGAACUUGUGAAACGUGAUAUAUCUGUUUUUGUUCGUCAGCGCGUAAAGCAAUUUGCUGAGGACGGCAUCAGCGAGAACAUGCAAAGUUUUAUUCAGAGCACUGUAUGUGAGCGAUCUGAAGGCCUUUUCUUGUAUGCUCGCCUUAUGCUUGAUCAAAUCAGUCAAUCCAUCAAGAAAAAAGAACAAAAUGAGGUUUUCAUACGAGAGAUGAUAGUUAAAUUGCCCGUUGGUCUUGAAGAGAUGUAUAACAGGGCACUUAUCGAUCAUGCUUCACUUACAAACAUCCAUCAGGAUACACAAAUCAUCAUUUUACAACUAGUUACUCAGUCGGCACGACCCAUGCGCCUGAUAGAAAUUGUCAAGGCUAUUGAAGACAAUCAUCACCUUUCCAAAAGUGACAGAGACAGUAAAGACAUUGUCAGGUUUGGUUUUGGCCCACUUCUCGAGAUCAUGGAAGAUGGGGUUGUGCAAAUUUUGCACUACUCUUUUACAGAAUUUCUUUUGGAUGCAGACCGAACUAUACGUAAAUUGUCAAACGUUCCUCAAUUCCCUGUCAUCGAUCCGAAAAUUGCCCACCGCGAGAUUGCGCUUUUAUGUAUCAGCAAACUUCAAGGGGGGGCAUUUUACUCAUACCCGAUGCCAGGUAAUGCGAAAAAUGGUGCAGGUAACGUGGAACAAUCCAUGCGACAAAGAUUUGACUUUGCUCGAUUGUUCGUACAAUAUCCGCUUGUUGAGUAUGCUGCAAAGAACUGGACUUAUCAUGCCAAAGCGUACGACUAUGAAGAUACAAAUUUCUAUGAGACACUGGAAGAGUUCUGUAUCUUAAUAGCCAGGCAUUUCAAGCUUGGUCAUGCUUCUAGUUUCGGGCUAGGCCGUUGGUCACAGAGACUGUUGAAAAAUGGCGCAGAUGUUGAGAUACGAGAUGGUACUGGAAACACUCCUUUGUUUUGGGCGGCUAAAGGAGGUCAUACCGAAAUUGUAAGUAGAUUGCUAGAUGUUGGCGCUAAUCCAAAUAUCGGCGGACACGAUGGACCGAAGCCUAUCCAUGUCGCAGCCUCAAGUAACCAUGCAGGAGUGGUUAAGCUCCUGCUUGGCGCUGGUAUGUUAACUUUUCUAAACAUGUUACCCAAAAACAUGGACUAUGCUUCGAAAGUGGAAGCAUUUUAUGAUGCCGGUCAUGUUGAAACAAUAAUUGAGAUGAUUCCGUAUUGCGAGACAAAAGAACUUGAAGAGGCUUUACUACGAGCAGCUCAUCGUGGACAUCAUAUUUUAGUUACCACUCUCUUAGAAAAAACAGGUGUUUCUCCCAACGCAAAAGCUCCCAUAGAGUAUAGUGGCAUGGGCUUUACAAGAGGCCAGGCUGCCUUAAUGGUAGCGGUGAGUUCCCUUGAACCAAUAUCUGUAAAGGUAAUAAUCGAGAAAGGAGGGAUCACAAGUCUAGGUAGUGAUCACUUGACGGAUCUUGGCUCAGCGCGUCCCACCAUGUAUAGUUGUCGGGACAUCGAUCAUGUGAUCAAAGAGGUUGAUACCAACAAUAGUAUAAAUUCACCAGCACCGGGAGAUAGAACGCCACUCCAUAAUAUUGCUAUGACUACGAUCAACCAACAUAAUCGAGCUGCUGCGAAGGAGAUCUUAGAUAUGCUUUUGUUGGCAGGUGCUGAUCUUGAAGCCCGAGAUAGCAACGGCGACACUCCGCUGCUACUCACAGUUUCACCCAAAAUUCAUAGAUAUUUUCAAAUUGCUCUGGAACUUUUGCUCUCAGCUGGUGCUGAUCCAUGCACCAAGAACUAUAAUGACGAUACUUUACUUCACCGAGCUUGCGAAGAGCUCUCGUCGACUAACCUUGCCACACAACUUUUGGCCUUCGGAGCAAACCCUAAUCAAGCUCGAAUCUCGGACGGAGUAACUUCGUUACAUUGUGUGGUGGACAACAGACAUAAGCCAGCCGAGCUCAUUGAAUUGCUUGUCAAUCAUGGUGCUGAUAUCAAUGUUCAAGAUAUCAACGGAGAUACAACCCUGCAUCGUGUUUGCAGAUCUUCAUUAAUCCAAUCAGGUGAUCUGAUCCCAGCUAUUUUGAGCCUUUCACCUGAUACCAAUAUCCAAAACAAUCUUGGCGAAACAUGUUUGCACAAUGUGUAUCGGUCUGUAGAUUCAGGGCUGAUAAGCACUUUAAUCGACACUGGUAUGAAUCUAGAAAAACGUGACUGCAAAGGGAGGUCAGUCCUACUCAAAUCCAUUGCUGAAUGUCAAGAUAAAGAUCUGGAGAUGGGCAAAACAGUGUUGCAUUUGGAUUGUCACUCUCGCAACUCUGUUGGGCUUCUUAAGCUACUCGUGAACCACGGAGCAGAUCUCAACUGGAUCGAUAGCACGAAUGGAAACACUUUGUUCCAUGAAGUAGCAGCACGUUUCAACGGAGAUCCAAGGGACAUCGCCUUGAUUGAAUACCUGCAUGAGAAAGGGGUCUCAGUAGAUGCAAAAAACCAUCGACAACAGACUGCGGCACAUAUUAUGGGAACCUUCCAUGGUAACCCCUACAAUGUUCUGAGUAUAGACGGCAAACGAACUUUUGUAUCAGUCAUUUGUCGGCUAUGCCCUAAAUUCGACGUAAAUGCGAAUGAUGUAGAUGGGUAUACGCCUCUUCACUAUGCAUGUGCUACUUCCGAAUAUUCAGUCUUUGUUCUGAUAAUGGCUGGCGCCGAAUUGAAUGCCCAGUCUUUCAAUCGGCGCACGCCGUUUCAUUGCGCUGCUCGCGGACGAACUGGUUCUACCAUAGAUAUCAACGCCCAAGACUCUGAUAGCAUGACACCUCUUCACUUCGCCUGUAUAUCAGGUAGACCUGAAUCCGUUAGUAUUUUAAUCUCAACUGGUGCUGACAUCGAAAGGAAGACCAGGCAAGAAACGUCGGGCAUAACUCCGCUAACGGCAUGCACCAUGUUCCUCGAUGAAGAUAGGAUAUGGAAAUUACUACAAAAGGGAGAGCUCACUGAACCCAACAUUCAGGAUCCUUUCAGAGUUCUCUCAAGCCAUUCCAGGACCAUGGGGUCUGAAUCUAAACUGGAUAAGGCAACACAACAUAUUACGUGCCGUAUUGGUAUCAUUGCGCAAAUGCUUAUAAAAGCUGGAGCGAAUACUGAAAGUGCUUUUAUUCCGGCACUCGAUGCAAAAUGCGCGGAGCUAGUAUAUGCCAUUAGGGGCGAAGAGUCUUUAAGAAGUAAGAUUUUUGCCGAGAAUCGACUCAUGGCACAAAUUAUAACUAUUGAAAAAGCACUAGAUGAUUGCAGCCACGAAGAUAUAGACUUCAUAAAAUGCAAGGUCUGUGAAUUAGAUGAAGCAACGAUGAAACAGCUGGUCCUGAGAGACAUUGACUUUACACGAGCGAAUAACCCUGCGUGGAUGAGCAAUCUGGGACCGCUAAUCACUCAAUUCGCGCACUAUGGACUAACAGAAUUCAUGAGCAAGAUAAUUUCCAGUGCAAAACUCUUCGAUGACCCGCACUAUACCGGUAAUAUUGCCGACACUUUUGUCAAUGGUUGGAGCAUUAUUCGACCACUAUUACAAGUCGCCUGUGAGCGGCCGGUCUGGAACAUGGAUAUGGUCAAACUUCUAAUUGAAGAAGGUCAAGUGAAUGUAAACGCGUAUCAUCAUGUGAAAGGAAAAAGAAGUGAUGUUGAAAUGACUGAAGAAUUAAUUCAAGUAAAAACAGCACUUCAUGUCUUAGCGAAAGGAGAAUUCUGGUGGCAAGUUGAGGCUAUUCAAUACUUGGGUGAACACGGUGCCAAAUUAGAUAUCUUGGAUUCGAAGGGCCGUACUCCCCUAGAAAUUGCAAGUACUUACACUGGAAACGGUUCAGCAUCAAGGAGAAAUCUCUUCAGCACUCAAUGUUGUGAGGCGCUCCUUAAACUGGGAGCUGAUCCCAACAAAGUGAAUCCGGAAGGUCUCACAGCUCUCAAUAAGGCCGCUUGCGAUGAAGAGACCAUUAGAAUAUUACUAAAAUACGGGGCAGACGUUAAUAGAGGAACAAAAAGCGUUCUCAUAUCAGCCAUAGAGCCCGGAGAUGUGAGAACUCUUCAGCUGUACCUCCAAAACGGAGUUGAUCCUAACAUGCCGGACAACUCAACAGACUCUAGUUACCGAUCUCAGUAUGCGACAGUCAAUGUAGCUAGGAAAUAUCCAAUCAUAGUGGCAGCAUUUCCAAAGGGUCCUAAAGCAUAUUCUUCUUCUAUAGCUGCAGAGAUGAUACAAUUUCUGCUGGAUCAUGGUGCUAGAGUUGAUUUGGCUGUCGAAGAGGGGGAAAGCAUUUUACACUAUCUUUUCGCAAAUGCCACGUCCAAAACCCUCCGGCCACUUUUUGAAAGGCCAGGAAUAGAUAUGAAUACUAGGGAUAAAUAUGGUCGAACAGCUCUCUUAUGUGCUAUUUCUAACUCUACUAAGAGGGAAGGUCUACACCCACAUGUUUUACCUUCUAAACUCGAAAAGUCACAACCACCAUACGUACCGCCCUAUUUACACCUAGUAAGCUCGGCAACCCAUCGCCCCUCUCUCAACUACCUGGCAGUUGAUAAUAAAGGGCUUCACAUAAUCUUUUAUCUACUCUCCAGAUGGACCUCCGAAACAGCACCAUUAUUUCUUUCCAUUCCAGGUGUUCGCUCUCUCUUUACCCAAAAAGAUAAUGCGGGGUAUUCUCCCCUCCAUCGUGUUUUAUCAUCUGAUUCUAUGCCUACAUCACUCACUGAUAUGGUCGACAUCUUCGUAAACGACGGAGGCGCUGAUCUUCUGGAGCCAGAUCCCGAAUUCAAUACUGCGUUACACCAUCUAGCCCGCAGACGUCCUUACAACAAGCCGGACGAUUCUUUCCGAGUCAUGGAACAAUUUCUCUCUUUAGGGGGGUUUAUCGACGCGCGGAAUGAUGCGGGCAUGACAUCUUUACUGGUAUAUAUAGCUGGUGGAGGGGGCCAAUUUCAUUUACCGUGGUAUGAAGAGCAUGGUGCGGACUUCAAGGCUACAAACAACGAAGGACAAGGGGCUCUACAUUUUUUGGCGGCAAACAAACCUGUCAGGCAUGCACUUCCAGAAUAUCGCGAAGAACGAAAAAAAGCAAGAGCAGAUUUGUUUGAAGCGUUAGCAAAGAAGUAUGGAUGUGAGGUGCUAGAUGAAGACUCGAAGGGGAGAACGGCGUUAGACAUUGCAGCUGCAAUGGGAAACGAGGAGAUUUUGGAAUUAUUCCAGAGGAGGAAAUAG